AUGACAUCAAUGCCCACGUGUUUGUGUUUCUUGUCAAUGGACAAUAAGUUCAUUGGAGAAUUCUCGCUGGGCGGGGACCAUGGCCGUGAUGAGGUCAGGUGGGCUGCAGCAUAUAAGCACAAGAUGGGGAAACCUCUUGAGAUACCCCAGCAGCCAGCAGGGAAUUCCACGCCAAGGCAGUCGUGGGUAGAAACGAUGGACAAGCUGGGCUGGUUCUGCCUCUCUCUCUUCAGCCUCUCGGGGCAGUUAUGGGCAGCUCCCAGGGCCAGCUCCAGUGAGGAAGUCUCUGCUUGGCCCCCAGGUAAGAAGAGAGUUUUCUCUUCAGACAACGAAGAUGCCAGGCUAAAUCUGGAGGCUUUGACUAGCAUAAGACCCUUUCAGCAAGCCUUAGCCAGGAUACUAGGAGCACAGACCGAGGACAAACGAAGCAAAGCAGAUCUAAUUGGCCGGGACAAUUGGGGGGAGAAGGCCGUCUGGCAGGUCUUGGGCCCCACAGCUUCAGUGCAAGGGAGUAUGUUAAAGAGGGGGCUCUCCUUCUCUUUUUGUUCACUUGCUCAGGCACCAGUUGGAAGCUUCUCCCAGAACAUGCUGCUAAGACGCUUAUGGGAAUCCACCAGGAAGCAGCAUAAGAAGCGUGGGAACCUCUCUGAAUGCUUCUGGAAAUACUGUGUGUGACUGACUGGGAACCCAUUUGCUUCCAGGUGCCCCCCAGUCCCAACACCACAUCCUUGCCCUAUAAUUUAUGAUGUGAUCAAGCAAUAGACUAGAAUCCUGCAUAUAAUCUCUGGAAAUGCACACAUGAUGAAAAUAAAGUAAUUUUGAAGAUGGCAAAUAACUUCUAUAUUACUUGCAUGGGAUUUAAUAAAUCUUCUCUAGAUUUGGUUAUAUUUUUGGAAAUGGCGAGUUAUUUUCCUUCUUUUUAUCAUGGAUCCUAUUCAAGCUUAGGGAACAAGAAAGGCAUAUUGCAAAUUUAUUUAUUUAUUUAAAUUGAUUAUGUGGCUGCCCAUCUCACAAUUGCGACUCUAGGCGACU